AUGAGUUCUGUCCAGGCCAAUAACGGGGCGAGGAAUCCUGUGGGCCUCUUGUCAGGCUCCGUAUCUUAUUGUGCUGCUGUCCGGGACAUUCGGCUGUUCUUUCCCGAAGGGCUGUGUGGGGCUGACAGCCCACCUUUAGAGGAAGAAGAGAUCAACACUCUCACAUCUGAUCCCAUACUCGGCCUCAAUACCAGCCCACGGCGCAGGCUCGUAAAAUAUGAGAGGAGGACUCUGGUCAGUUUGCGGGGCUGGGAGCAACUGCAGAGUGUAGAACGACCUUAUCUUGCUGCACUCUGCCAAACAACUUGCCUGAUCCUUCCUGCAGCCCUGGGACAGGGGACAGGGCGGCCCCCAUACCUUGAGCUUCUGGAAGAACUGAUUGGCAAGGACUUCCUGGUGACGGGGGCACGGCUCACUGCAAUGAACCACCCACAGGCCGGCUUUAUCACCGCAAUCCUGAGUGUUACGGAGAGCGAGGCCUCCAGCAUGAGGUCUGUGCUAACAGAGGGCCCCUGCCUGGUAUUGGCAGCUCAGCGAGACAAUGCCGUCGUUUGCUUUGAAGCCCUGUUGACCGGUGAUUAUUGUCAGAAACGGCCGGCAUUGGAUUGCACGCGACAUCUUCUUUAUCCAAAAACCGAGAAACAGGCCGAGGAGCUUCUCUGUCGCCUUUUUGACUUCCUGACCUCAGCCAGCGUCCAUCAGAUUGAAAACCUUGAUUCCUUCUAGCCCAGAUCCGCCUGCCUAUGUACUGAUCUACAGCUGACCCUCCUGGACUUUGAGAGAGCGCACGCCCAACUAUGUUCAGGGUGCACGUGUAUUCACUGUGGCACACAAGCAGGGCUAUGAGAACAG